UACGUGAAACACAACAAAUAUUGACUGGGGCCAAGCUUCUAUCAGCACACAGUGGAUUUUUAACCCUCAUUUUGGGAUCUCUCUGCUGCCUCUUGGGUCCCGGCUGAAGGACUAUAUUUGGGAGUGCUAAACCUCAGGCACCACAUACAGGCCUGGAACCAUGAGACGCCUGGCUCUCCUCGUAGGCCUGCUGGUGCUACACCAAACCCACUGCUUUGAGUUUGUGGUCGAGGGAGAGUGGGAGACGGAAACGUCAUUAGAGGAACAACAUGGACGAUUUAAGAGGGCGAUAUUGACCAGUGAGGAGCAAGAAGACUUUGAGGCCAUCCGGGGUGAUGACAUCACAGUUAAGAGCUACAAGGUGGAGAGCCGCAUCACGUCGCGGUUCUGCCACACCACGGUCAAGAGCUCUGUGGUCAACUCUGGUCCAAAUGCCCAGAGCAUUGGCUUCAACGUCCAGAUCCCCAAACGAGCCUUCAUCACCAACUUCACCAUGAAUGUGAAUGGGAUCACGUUUGUGGGCUCAGUGAAGGAGAAGACUGUGGCUAGGAACCUCUACGCUCAGGCUAGAGCCAGAGGGAAGGCCGCAGGCCUCGUCAGGGCUAACUCCCAGGACAUGGAGACCUUUAAGGCGGAGGUCCACGUGCCUCCCGGCAGUAAGAUAGAGUUUGAAUUGCACUACCAGGAAAUGAUGCAGAGGAAGCUGGGCUUCUAUGAACACUCACUAUACCUGCAGCCUGGACGACUGGUGCCUCAGUUCCAGGUGGACGUGUAUAUCUAUGAGCCCAGCGGCAUCGCCUCUGUGGAGACACCCAACACCUUGGGAGAGCAUUUCAGCGGCAUGGCCAAACUCACCUCCUCGAAGGACAAGGCACACGUGGUGUUCAAGCCCUCGCUCCAGCAGCAGAGGAAGUGCGAGAACUGCACCACCAGCGCUAUCGAUGGRGUCUUUACCGUCAAAUACGAUGUCCUGAGAGACAGUAACGCCGGGGAACUACAUGUUUCUGACGGGCAUUUUGUGCAUUUCUUUGCCCCGGCCAACCUCUCCCCACUUCCUAAAAACAUUGUGUUCGUCAUUGACGUCAGUGGAUCUAUGUGGGGAGUCAAGAUGAAGCAGACUGUGGAGGCUAUGCAGACCAUAUUGGAUGACCUGACCAUGGAUGACUACUUCAGCAUUGUUGACUUCAACCACAACGUGCGCUGCUGGAGUGAGGAGCUGGUUCCAGGCAGCACCAUACAGGUGGCUGAGGCCAAGAAAUACAUCCAGAACAUCAAACCCAACGGAGGCACCAAUAUCAACGAGGCAUUGAUGAGGGCGGUGCAGAUGCUGGUGAAGGCGUCCAAUCAGGGCAUGAUCGACCCACGCUCUGUCUCCAUGAUCAUGCUGGUGUCUGAUGGAGACCCUACUGUCGGAGAGAUCAAGCUCAGCGCCAUCCAGAAGAAUGUGAAGAAGGUCAUGAGGGAGGAGUUCUCUCUCUUCUCAUUGGGCAUCGGCUUCGAUGUCGACUACGACUUCCUGGAACGCAUCGCCAUGGAGAAUAGGGGCGUGGCCCAGAGGAUCUACACCAGCCACGACGCCUCAGAUCAGAUACGGCGGUUCUACAGCCAGGUCUCGUCUCCCCUCCUGAGGAAGAUCACGGUUCAGUUCUCAGAGGACUCUGUCUCUGACGUCACCCAGAACCACUUUGACAAAUACUUCAGUGGCUCAGAGCUGGUGGUGGCUGGGAAGGUGCUGCCCUCUGAGUCCACUACUCUAAACAGCUUCACCACUGCAUUCGCUGAUCGUCUGGACCUGUCCCUACAGACUGAAGCAGACUACCUGGAGCUAGACGCUGCGCUGGCCCAGCAGCAGCAUGCCUUCACUGGCUUCGCCAGACAGAUGUGGGCCUACAUCACUGUCAACCAGCUACUGGCUGAGAGGUCCCUGGCCCCCACUGCUGGUAAGAAGAGGAAGAUCACCCAGAGGAUCCUGGCCCUGGCUGUGGAGCACCAGUUUGUCACGCCCCUCACUGCCCUACUGGUGGAGAGUGAGGAUGCCAAGGAGAGGCUGCUUGCUGACUCCCCUAAGGACCCCAAACAGGGCUGCUGUGCAG